AUGGAGAGAUUGGGGGAUGAGACUUACCUUCCUUGGAGCAUGUGCUUUGUGGCCUUUAUUCCACAAUGCAUCGUCCUUGCGGUCUUUAACUUAGAAGAGAGUGUCAUUGAUCCGUCAACGUAUGAUUUCCCUGCUGGACCUGUGGGAUGGUGCCUAUGCCUGGCCCAGUGGAUAAUCUUCUCGCUCAUGUCAGUUCCUCUCCUCCUUCCGACAUUGCUGCGCUUGACACACGUAAUUGACAAUGGAGUAAGUCCCGGCCUCGUCCAGAUUCUUUUGAUGGGUCUGACUGGCGUUGUCGCAACCACCUUCGUGAUCUUGUUAAGCUCUGCUGCCACUGGAACACUGGAAGCAGCAGUGGUGACCGGCUCUAGUUUGUGGUUAGUAGCUUUCUUGCUUCCCAUGAGCCUCAUUCUUGUAGCCUUUUGGUUCCAUUUUCUGCGAAGCACUACAGAGCGACUUUGGCUGCAGAUCUGCCGAAGCCAGUGUGACGCAAGAUGCUGCGUGACGCUCCGGGAGUGA